ACAAUAGGGAGCCCAAAAACAGUUCAGCAUAUAUGGACAUUCAUGCCAUUUUGAUCAAUUUGUCCUUUUCGAUUUGCACAAAGAUCGUUGCAGUAAUCGGCUCGAUUAGUAAUCGGCUCGACUGACUUUUGUAAUGUAGAGGGAAGCUUUAAAAGAGUUACCCAGCUUACAUGUAAUGUGAGAGAGCAUUUUUAGUUUUUAGGGAGCUGAAGGGAAGAUUUCCACAAUGGGUCAGCGCCUGAGCGAGGAGAGUGACCCAGACAAGGAAAUCGAUGUGGCAGAGCUGCAGGACUGGUACAAAAAAUUUGUUGUGGAGUGCCCAAGUGGAACUCUCUUCAUGCAUGAGUUCAAGGGAUUUUUUGGCGUUGCUGAUAACAAGGAGGCCGCAGAUUACAUUGAAAACAUGUUUCGAGCCUUUGACAAGAACGGCGACAACACCAUUGAUUUUCUGGAGUACGUGGCAGCCUUGAACUUAGUCCUGAGGGGUAAACUGGAACAUAAGCUUAAAUGGACAUUCAAAAUGUAUGAUAAAGAUGGCAGCGGAUGCAUUGAUAAAACAGAGCUUCUUGAAAUUGUGGAGUCUAUUUAUCGACUGAAGAAAGCCUGCCACGGAGAGCUGGAUGAAGAAUGCAAUCUACUGACCCCAGACCAAGUGGUUGACCGGAUAUUUGAGCUGGUUGAUGAAAAUGGAGAUGGGGAGCUCUCGUUGGACGAGUUCAUCGAUGGAGCACGGAGGGACAAGUGGGUGAUGAAGAUGCUGCAGAUGGACGUCAACCCCGGGGAAUGGAUCAACGAGCAGAGACGCAGCUGACUUCUUAGGCUGGAACGUGGACCGUCAAUCUGUCGCAUACACACAUCAUUCAUGUGUUACCAAUCAUGUUGUAAUUUGUGUAUGUAUGUUGCUGUUUGUAUGUAAAAGACGACACCACAGUCACCCUGGCAUUGUUCUGUAUGCUGUCAUAUACGAUUUAGAUUUUAGAGGAAAUGGUGCAUAGUUACAAAAUCAUUUCACUACAGGUUAAUAGCAGACCACCUCAAGGUGACA